UCGAAAACUAUCUCGAGUUCAUUGGUAGUUUAAGUUGUUGUGUUAUAAAAGGCUACCAAACCUUCUCUACAUUUACAAUUUUUUGAAACAUUUCGCCGUCAUCACUUAAUAAACAUCAUCAAUGGCCACUGCUCAUCGGAACCUCACCGAAACAGAAGAGGAUGUUGCUGAAGCUCUUGAACUAGGCACCUUCACAGGAAUAGCAAAACUUGAAGGCAAUGGGAUUAGCGGUGGAGAUAUCAAGAAGCUGGAAGAAGCAGGGUAUCACACUGUGGAAUCAGUAGCUUAUGUCCCCAAAAAGACCCUUAUCACCAUCAAAGGAAUCAGUGAGGCCAAGGCUGAUAAAAUUAUUGCCGAAGCUCAAAAGCUGGUUCCCAUGGGUUUCUCUACUGCCACAGAAUAUCAUCAAAAGCGUGCUGAGCUUGUUCAAGUAACUACAGGUUCCAAAGAACUUGACAAACUGCUUGGAGGUGGAAUUGAAACAGGGAGCAUCACAGAAAUAUUUGGAGAAUUCCGAACUGGAAAAACUCAAUUGUGCUUAACUUUGGCAGUCACAUGUCAGUUGCCCAUUGAUCAUGGAGGUGCUGAAGGAAAAUGCUUGUACAUCGACACUGAGGGAACCUUCCGGCCGGAACGUUUGCUAGCUGUGGCUGAACGAUAUGGCUUAUCUGGCUCAGACGUCUUGGACAAUGUUGCGUGUGCUAGGGCAUACAACACUGAUCAUCAGUCCCAACUUCUCGUUCAAGCUUCAGCUAUGAUGGCCGAGUCACGUUACUCACUGUUGAUUGUCGAUUCGGCUACAGCGCUCUACAGGACUGACUAUUCAGGAAGGGGAGAACUAUCUGCCCGCCAAAUGCAUCUUGCUCGAUUUUUGCGCAUGCUUCUUCGACUUGCUGAUGAAUUUGGCGUGGCGGUAGUUAUUACCAAUCAGGUAGUCGCUCAAGUCGAUGGGGCUGCUAUGUUUGCUGCUGAUCCUAAAAAGCCAAUCGGCGGAAAUAUUAUGGCACACGCAUCUACUACUCGGCUUUACUUGCGGAAAGGUCGUGGAGAAACCAGAAUUUGUAAAAUUUACGAUUCACCAUGUUUGCCAGAAUCUGAAGCGAUGUUCGCAAUUUUACCUGAUGGAAUCGGCGAUAGCAAGGAAUAACCUCACCAUUAGAACUCCCUGUCGUUUGUUAACAACCUCCUUGUAUACAUUUUAAGAUACUUCUUUCAUCUUA